CAGAUAGAAGGAAAGACUGUGAAGGCACAGAUAUGGGACACGGCUGGUCAGGAGAGAUACCGUGCAAUUACUAGUGCAUAUUACAGGGGUGCUGUUGGAGCACUCCUAGUCUUUGACAUAACAAAGAGGCAGACCUUCGACAAUGUUCAGAGGUGGCUCCGUGAGCUCCGGGAUCAUGCAGAUGCCAACAUUGUUGUCAUGAUGGUUGGGAACAAGUCAGACUUAAACCACUUACGAUCGGUUCCUGAGGAAGACAGCCAAGCAUUCUCUGAGACAGAAGGUCUGUCGUUCCUUGAGACAUCUGCACUGGAGGCAAUCAAUGUGGAGAAGGCAUUCCAUACUGUGCUGAGUGAAAUUCACCAGAUUGUAAGCAAAAAAGCACUUGCAGCACAGGAGUCUGCUGCUGCCAACAGCCGUUCAAUGCAAGGAACGACUAUUAACGUUGCUGAAUCAUCCGCCAACGCAAAAGGUUCUUGCUGUUCCAGUUGAAGAGCUGGUUCCAGUGGAAGAGAUUCUUCCCGGAAAUGUCUGCUUCCGCAGAACUGGACCAUGACAAUAUACAUAGGUUAUAGUUUGGUCUCAGAUAUUCUUGUUUCUCAUCCCGAAUCCCAUGACUGGUAAUUCCUAUCGCAAGAACACCUUUACCAUACUCUAUAACCUGCCUCCAUCAAAUCAUUCUCAUUUUGUAUUCUUAAAACUAUCAUCGAUUUCACUUGUACAAUUGAGAAAUCGAACAUGUUGUAACAAUGAUUAUUUCCUGUUAACAACAAUAAUAAUUGUUAAUGGAAUUA